AUGUUUAUGAGGGUGAGGAGAGGUAAUUUUAAAUAUGCUGCAUAUAGAUGGAGUACUCUGGUGCAAUCACUUCAAAAUUACUCUCCACGAACCAAAGUGAUUCAUGUUAAGUGGGAACCACCAGAGUUAGGAUGGGUGAAAUGCAACACAGAUGGUGCCUCAAGGGGAAAUCCUGGUAGAGGAUCCUGGAGCUUCUGUAUCAGAGAUGAGAAUGCAAAUCUUUUAGUGGCGAAGGCUAAAGAGAUGGAAAACCCCCAGUGCACCAACACACAAGCAGAAGCUAUGGCUAUUCUACAAGCGUUGAGAGUGAUUGAGUAUUAUAAAAAGGUAGAUUUUGAUUUUACAGCUCUUGGUUUCUUGAAACCUGAUAGAGAACACCUUUAA